CAUACUCACACUCCAGUCUCGUGGGGGGCGGUAAUGCGCCUUCUUUUGCAGAAGAAGGAGAAGGACUUCGCAUCGCGUCACCACACCACGCGCGCCUCGGCUUUCUUCUGAGGUGAGAAGCGGUUCACGGUAAACAAACUUCAUACAGUUACAGAGUUCGCUCGUUACAGCCGUUCUUCACCGGGUCGUUCGUGUGGUACACUGCUAUAUGUGUGUGUGUGUGCUUCUCAGUGUCUGACUGAUGAAUGAAUGAACGCUGGAGUGUUUUCAUCUCCUGAAGAUCACACAAAGAUCAUGAAUGAAGCAGAAGCAGAGUCCUACUGGAUCACGCAGGAGGUCAUCGAAGAACAGAUAGACCUGAUGGAAGAGAUCAAUGAGAUGGAAGAAGUGAUUGAAGAAGGGAAGAAACAUCAUGACAUCGAAACUGAUGAAACAUCUUUGAGUCCCUCGUGGGAACCAAGACCCGAAAUAUGUUUCAUUUGCCCUCAGUGUGGAGAGAUUUUCACAUGUGAAGAAAGUCUUAAUCUUCACACAAAAUUUGAAAGUGGAAUGAAGCCUUACGCAUGUGAUCACUGUGGGAAGAAGUUCAGAAAUAAACGAUACCUGAAUAAACACAAGACAACCCACACUGACGAGAAGCCACACUCAUGUGAUCAGUGCGGGAAGAAGUUCAGACGAAAAGAAAGCUUGAAUGAACACAUGAAAAUCCACACCGGAGAGAAACCGCACUUGUGUGAUCACUGCGGGAAGAAGUUCACACGAAAAGAGAGCUUGAAUGAUCACAUAAAGAUCCACACAGGAGAAAACCUGCACACCUGUGAACAGUGCGGGAAGAGUUUCAGGAAGUCCAGGGCUUUCAAAUUUCAUCUGCUUCAUCAUUCUAGAGACAGGAUCUAUAACUGUGACCAGUGCAGUAAAAGUUUUUUUAGUCCAGAUAACCUGAGGCACCACAUAAAAACCCAUAGAGAGGAGAGGCCUUACGUGUGUUAUUUGUGUGCAAAGAGCUUUAAAUAUAUGGAUUGUUUUAAAAAACACCAGAAAAGACACAGCGGUGUGAAGGAUCAUACUUGCUCUGAGUGCGGAAAGACUUUCUUUACACUUUCUGCACUGAAACAGCACCAGACCGUUCACACCGGAGAAAAACCUUACCAGUGUUCACACUGUGACAAGAGAUUCCGUAUUUUAAAAGACCUGAAAAGACAUGGGAGUGUCCACUCUAGAUAGAGUCAUAUCACCCCCAGUCCUGUGAAGAGUUUCACCUGAGUAUCUACUCAGUCAUACGAAGAAGACAUGUUCAGAUCUGGUGCUCUCAGGAGUCUUUGUAGCAACCUUGCGUGUGUGUGUGUGUGUGCAUGGCUUCAGGAGAGCAACCCCUUCAUUUGUGUUGUAACACUAAUGAGCGGAUGGUAUUCAACCAUCUGUCCCAUAUUAAUGAAUCCUCUAUCACAUUCUGCACUCAAAGACCAGAACGUGAGUUAAAAAAACAAAAAAAACAAGGACCUUCGUUUUACAGCAUCUUUCAACAUAACUCACCACCCUGGGCGCCGCCACGGCGGCAACAUCCUGGCGUCGAUGAGAAUUAUAACACCUCGGAGACUGUCCAGAGAUAUCUGCGCGAGUCUCAAAGGAAAGACAAACACCCACCCUUUUCACUCACAGCGCGAUCACACACAUACACAAACAGGCAUGAGCAUUUUUGGCUAGCACAUGGGGCUUUUUCGAUAAAACUACCUCUAAAUGUAUUUUAAUGUCUCCUUUUAUGUGCUCAAAUGUAGUUAUGUGGCAUAGUGGAAUAGAUAAAUACUGUGUGUUUAAUCAAACUUUAUAUGCAUGUAGUUAGGAACAACUCUUAUCUCUGUAUACCUGAUUUGCAAAAUCAUAGUUUUUGGUGUCUGUAUAAUUGUAAAAACCCCACUGUAACGAAUCUUGUCGGAAAAUUUACCAAAAGAUGCAUUGUUUCAGAGGAGCAAUCUUGCUGAGUAAAAAGGUUUAAUUUUGUCAUCGCCAUAAAUUAGAUCAGUGGGCGGAAAUCAGCAAACAAAGAAUAUUUUUCCCGCCUCAGUUUCUCACACUUCAUUGGUUCAUAUGGAAAGAUAGGUGUAACCUACUUUUCCAUAAAAACAAAGGGAAACCCUUGUUGUUGGCAUUCCGCCAGAGAAAGAGGGGGUUCUCACCUUCGCGACUGGAUUUCUCAAGAAGUUUCUCCGUUUGUUGUUCUUUACUUUUCGUUUCAUUUUAAUUUUUCUUUGUCUUUUGAUAUUUGACUUCGUUCAGUUGUCUUCACUUGGCCAAACGAACUUAAGUCUAAUCAUCAUUUGGCAAAGUUUACAUUGGCGUUAGCCAUCGAGCUCGCGCAUCAUCUGCUCUGGAAAGAACAACGCUGAAGCCGCACCGAUGGACAAUUUGAAAUCAGCUUCACACAAGAGCCAGAUCAAAGCAAGUACUUUCUUAUAUCGCAACUAAAAUUGCUGUUUAAGGUUGUCUAGGCUAUUCCAUUUUUGUACAAUUAUUCAGUGACUUGGGGUCUCUUGCAAAGUUAACUCUUUGAAAAUUGUCACGCUGAGAUUGGUCUUUACUCUUUCUCUCUCUCAUUUCUCUCCCUCUCUAUUUCAUUACUAUUCUCAUUUGUUUAUCUUUUCCUACAUUGUACUAUUCAUUUUGCUAUAUACUAAUAUUUACUCCGUGUGAAUUGUAGUUGUGUACUGUUUAGUCUGUUUUUAUUAAAUACCAUAAUUUGCUUGAA